AAAGACCCGCCCCCUCCGGGAGAAUGCGCCGCUGAAGUCGUCGCGCUGCUUCUUUCGUCAUAACUGCGCCGGGCGCAGGCUAUGACGCUGUUUCCCGGCGGCGUGUAACCUAGUAGUCAACGGCCUGCGGAGCAACAUGCCCAAGUUUUAUUGUGACUACUGCGAUACCUACCUUACCCAUGACUCCCCGUCUGUGAGGAAGACACACUGCAGUGGCAGGAAGCACAAGGAGAAUGUGAAGGACUACUACCAGAAGUGGAUGGAGGAGCAGGCCCAGAGCCUGAUUGACAAGACAACGGCUGCAUUUCAACAAGGAAAGAUACCUCCAGCUCCCUUCUCUGCUCCUCCUCCUGCAGGGGCCAUGAUCCCACCUCCCCCCAGUCUCCCGGGUCCUCCUCGCCCUGGUAUGAUGCCAGCACCCCACAUGGGAGGCCCUCCCAUGAUGCCAAUGAUGGGCCCCCCUCCUCCUGGGAUGAUGCCUGUGGGACCUGCUCCUGGAAUGAGGCCACCCAUGGGAGGCCACAUGCCCAUGAUGCCAGGGCCUCCAAUGAUGAGGCCUCCUGCUCGCCCCAUGAUGGUGCCCACCCGGCCUGGCAUGACUCGACCAGACAGAUAAGAGCAGAGGGCUCUGUCAGUUUUGUAUCUGUGUUCGGUUUCACCAGGAGGUCAUGUGCUGUGUCUGAGUGUUUUCUAGCAGCAUGAUGAGAAAGCCACCUCCCCUUUCUAGCAAGGGUGUAGUUUUGGAAGGGAGAAGGGGAACACAAAAGUGCUGUUUUCAUUUGUAUUGUGAAAUGUGAAAAUAAAAUUGUCAGCUUUUAGUUAAAAA